ACCAAGUAACUCUGUAACACUAACUUUCAUGGUGUUCAUUUUUGAGCCAAGAACAUUUAGUCUCGUAAGCAAAUGCUUAACCUCAGUGAUUUAUAAAGCAUGAUUUGGAAGAAAAAUACUGAGUCUUGCUUAGUAUAACUGUGAGCUUCAAUAAUGACAGUGCUCGAUGAUAUUGUAUACAUAAAUAAUCCAGGAACUUAAUGGGAUAAACUGUUAAUGGACUAAAAGUUACCACUACUGUUGAAAACGAAGCCAGUUGGGGAAGACUAAUUAAUUGUUUAACACAUAAUCACAGAGGUUUAACAAAAUGUCAAAACUAUACGUCCAAUACAUCAUUUGUACAUCUUUAUUGAAUUGUCUCUUACAAGCGUCACUGUUCAUUCAUUUCUGUUGUUAUCCUGAUUAUUUUCAGUUUGCUUCUCUCUCGUCUUUAUUUCAAUCUUUUGAACCUUGUGCUCGUAAACAUCCCACUUCCAACUGCUGUUACAUACUACUUAUAUUUACCAAUUUAAGUAAUAUGCACCACAUUACUACUAUUACUAUUAGUACCGCUGCUAUUACUACCAAUACUACUGGAGUGAACAAGAACACAAUUGGGGAAAACAUUAUAGAAUAUCUUAGUAAGAUCUGAGAACCAUACAGUAAAUAAUUCAUUUGCAAAAUGUCAAUCAUUUGUCUCUGACUUUAUUGUUCCUUCACUCCCACACCAAUCAUUCUCUAUUUUCGUUCUCCUUUCUUCGAUCUUCUUAAACUUCUGCUUCCAGGUAUUUUACUUUCGAU